AUGAGUGAUAAUCCAUUUAAUGCGAGUCUUCUCGACGAGGACUCAAACCGUGAGAGAGAAAUUCUAGAUGCUACCGCUGAGGCCCUUUCAAAACCAAGUCCCUCUCUAGAAUACUGUACUUUAUCCGUAGAAGAAACUCUAGAAAGACUAGAAACUGACAAAAACAGUGGUUUGCGAUCUUCUAACGAGGCUAACAAUAGGAGAUCACUUUAUGGUCCUAAUGAAAUAACCGUAGAAGAUGAUGAAAAUAUUUUCAAGAAGUUCUUGUUCAAUUUCAUUGAAGAUCGGAUGAUUCUACUAUUGAUAGGCUCUGCAGUGGUUUCUCUCUUUAUGGGCAACAUUGAUGAUGCCGUCAGUAUCACAUUGGCCAUUUUCAUUGUUGUUACUGUCGGAUUUGUUCAAGAAUAUAGGUCCGAAAAAUCUUUAGAAGCUUUGAAUAAAUUAGUGCCCGCUGAAUGUCAUUUGAUGAGAUGUGGCCAAGAAAGCCAUGUUUUGGCUUCCACUUUGGUUCCGGGCGAUUUAGUCCAUUUCAGAAUAGGUGAUAGAAUUCCUGCGGAUCUUAGAAUUAUUGAAGCUACCGAUUUGUCCAUCGAUGAGAGCAAUUUAACUGGUGAGAAUGAACCAGUACACAAAUCCUCACAAACAAUUGAAAAAUCCUCCUUUAAUGACCAGCCUAAUUCUAUUGUACCGAUCGCUGAAAGGUCUUGUAUAGCCUAUAUGGGCACUUUGGUUAAGGAGGGUCAUGGUAAGGGUAUCGUUGUAGGAACAGGUACAAACACAUCUUUUGGCGCUGUUUUUGAAAUGAUGAAUAAUAUUGAAAAGCCGAAGACUCCAUUGCAAUUAACAAUGGACAAACUGGGAAAGGAUUUGUCAUUGGUUAGUUUCAUAGUUAUUGGUAUGAUUUGUCUAGUUGGUGUCAUCCAAGGGAGAUCUUGGUUGGAGAUGUUCCAAAUAUCGGUAUCGCUAGCGGUUGCUGCCAUCCCAGAAGGUCUGCCCAUUAUUGUUACCGUUACUUUAGCAUUGGGUGUUUUGAGAAUGGCUAAGCGGAAGGCCAUAGUAAGGAGGUUACCAAGUGUCGAAACUUUGGGCUCUGUCAACGUCAUUUGCUCUGAUAAAACAGGGACAUUAACUUCGAACCAUAUGACUAUAUCUAAACUUUGGUGUCUAGACAGUAUGUCUAAUAAGCUGAACGUCUUGUCAUUGGACAAAAAUAAGAAAGCGAAGAAUUCUACUGGCAUUUUGAAAAACUAUUUAACUGAAGAUGUUAAGGAAACUUUAAUCAUCGGGAACCUCUGUAAUAACGCUUCUUUCUCUCAAGAACACGCAACGUUUCUGGGAAACCCAACUGAUGUGGCCCUUUUAGAACAACUAGGAAACUUUGAAAUGUCUGAUAUAAGAAAUACUGUUCAAAAAGUUCAAGAACUUCCAUUCAACUCAAAAAGAAAAUUAAUGGCGACCAAGAUUUUCAAUCCUGUUGACAAUAAAUGUACGGUUUAUGUUAAAGGUGCAUUCGAGAAAAUUCUGAGCUGUUCCACAAGCUAUUUGAAAUCUAAGGGCAAAAGAACUGAAAAAUUGACUGAAGCUCAAAUGGAUACAAUAAAUGAAUGUGCAAAUUCGAUGGCAUCUGAAGGUCUGCGUGUCCUUGGAUUUGCUAAGCUUAAUCUAUCUGAUUCAUCAACCCCACUUACUGAAGACUUAAUCAAAGAUUUGACCUUCACAGGGUUAAUCGGGAUGAACGAUCCUCCUAGACCAAACGUUAAAUUCGCCAUUGAACAGUUACUACAAGGGGGAGUUCAUAUUAUCAUGAUCACUGGUGAUUCUGAAAAUACUGCAGUAAAUAUUGCAAGGCAAAUCGGUAUUCCCGUUAUUGAUCCAAAGCUUUCUGUUUUGUCCGGUGAUAAAUUAGAUAAGAUGUCAGAUGAUCAAUUGGCCAAUGUGAUUGACCACGUCAAUAUUUUUGCUCGUGCUACACCUGAACAUAAACUAAAUAUUGUUCGUGCAUUAAGAAAGAGAGGUGAUGUGGUAGCAAUGACUGGUGAUGGUGUUAAUGACGCUCCUGCGUUAAAACUUUCCGACAUUGGUGUCUCCAUGGGUAGAAUCGGUACAGAUGUUGCCAAAGAAGCCUCAGACAUGGUCCUAACUGAUGAUGAUUUCAGUACUAUACUCACUGCUAUUGAAGAAGGUAAAGGUAUAUUUAAUAAUAUUCAGAAUUUUCUGACUUUUCAACUGUCCACUUCUGUUGCCGCGUUAUCGCUAGUUGCUUUAUCAACAGCAUUUAAACUACCCAAUCCAUUGAAUGCAAUGCAAAUUCUUUGGAUCAACAUUUUAAUGGAUGGUCCACCAGCUCAAUCAUUAGGCGUGGAACCUGUGGAUCAUGAAGUUAUGAAGAAACCCCCAAGAAAGCGUACUGAUAAGAUUUUGACCCAUGACGUGAUGAAACGCUUGCUAACUACCGCAGCUUGUAUCAUAAUAGGAACAGUUUACAUUUUUGUUAAAGAGAUGGCCGAGGAUGGUAAAGUAACUGCUAGAGAUACAACUAUGACUUUUACUUGUUUUGUUUUCUUCGAUAUGUUCAACGCUUUGGCCUGUAGACACAACACAAAAUCAAUCUUUGAAAUUGGCUUUUUUACGAACAAAAUGUUCAACUAUGCCGUCGGACUAUCUCUAUUGGGUCAAAUGUGCGCCAUAUAUAUACCGUUUUUCCAAAGUAUCUUCAAAACUGAGCGCCUCAGUGUCUCUGAUAUAUUAUUAUUAUUACUAAUCAGUAGCACUGUAUUCAUCGUUGAUGAAUUGAGAAAAUUGUGGGCAAGGAAGAUGAAUGAAAGAGACCCAACGUAUUAUUCAAACGUCUGA